GCAUGAAAAAUGUAUCGUUCGUACCAAGUUUCUGAGUCUGCGUAGCGAGCGAUCUUGUAGAGUCGUAUUCGUAUUUGUACGCAGUUGGCUAGUUGGACCUUGAAGGGUAUUUUCAUCGUACCUUUUUACGACGUAAAGACGUAACUCUUUCUUUAUUGUGAAUCAUUUGUGCGGUAUUUAAAUUAUUUUGUAAUUUUGUGUUAGAAAUUAUCACGUUUGUUCAAACUGUGUGAUUUUUAAAAGCCGUAAAUAUGUUCAGCGGAAUCGCAGGAGCGUUCCGAAGCAUCGGAGAAAAGACCGCGUCUCUCUUCGAUCGCAAGAAGAAGGACGUUGAACAGAUGGCCCAAGAGAAGGCUGAGGAUGCGGCCCACGUGGUCGAGGACCAGGUGAAGAAGGCCGGUGAAGUGAUCGGCGGGGCAUCACAGGCCGCUGAGGGGGCUGCUAACUCAGCCGUUAGCGCCAAGAACUCUGCCAUUGAUGCCCUCGACAAGGAGCUGUCGAAGGUGUCCCUGGCCGCCGGUGAAGCCAAGGACGCCGCAAACAGGGCAGUUGCUGAUGGCAAGAAGGUCGUCGAUACUACUAGAGAUACAAUUGCGACAACGGUGGACAAUACGAAGAGAGCAGCGGAGUCGGCAGUGAACACAGCAAAAGAUAAACUCAGUAGCACAGUUGACAAUACAGUGAGUGCAGCGCAAUCAGCAGUAGACACUGGCAGGAGUUACGUCGACAGCGCAAAAGAUAAAAUUCACGGCACAGUUGAAAGUACGAAAACGGCCGCCCAAACGGCUUAUGACGCUGGUCUGGGGUACGCCACUAGCGCUAAAGAUACAGUCACCAGCACAAUGCAAAAUACUGUAGAUAAUACUCAAAAAGUUACACAAACUACAGCUGAUACCGGCAUAGGUUAUGCCAAAGCAGCUAAAGAUACAGCACAGAGUUCAUUUCAAUCAGCAAUGAAUUCCGCAUAUUCGGCUUAUGGCAUCGGCAAAUCUUAUUUAGAUAGUGCUAAAGAUACUGUAGCGAACACUGUAGAUAGUACAAAGAAAGCUGCUCUGAGCACAAUUGAGACUGGCAAAUCAUAUGUUGAUUCAGCCAAAGAUACCGUACAAAGUACAAUUCAAAGCACCGUUGAUAGUACUAAACAGGCAGCUCAAUCUGCCGCCGACACAGGAAAGAGUUACGUUGACUCAGCCAAAGAUACUGUGUCGAAUAGUGUGCACGCCGCUUUUGAUGUCACUAAAAAUGUCGCGUCGUCAGCUAUUGAGAAAGGAUCUUCAUUGAUCGAAACCACUAGAGACACAGUAGCAAACACAGUUCAAAGCACAGUAGACACAACUAAAAACGUUGCUGCAUCUGCUGUAGAAAAGGGCUCGUCGCUUGUAGGCACUGCUAAAGACACAGUUGCUAGUACAGUACAAAGCACUGUAGACACGACAAAAAAUGUUGCCACCACCGCCGCUCAGAAAGGCACGUCGCUUGUAGACACCGCGAGAGAUACACUAUCGAAUACUAUUCAGAGUACUGUAGAUACCACUAAAAAUGUCGCUGCAUCAGCUUACGACAAAGGUGCUUCGCUGAUAGGAACGGCCAAAGAUACCGUAACAGGAACUGUAGAUGAUACCAAAAAUGUAGUUACAUCGGGAGUUGAUAAGGGCACAUCAUAUUUAGGAUCUGCAAGAGAUUCUGUAGCGAACACAUUUCAAAAUACUUUAGAUACCACUAAAAGUGUCGCUGCAUCAGCUUACGAUAAAGGUGCCUCGCUAGUAGGAACAGCCAAAGAUACCGUAACGGGUACUGUAGAUGAUACCAAAAAUGUAGUUACUUCGGGUGUCGAUAAGGGCACAUCGUAUUUGGGAACUGCCAGAGAUACCGUUGCAAACACGUUUCAAAACACCUUAGAUAGCACUAAAAACGUUGCUGCAUCUGCUUAUGGCAAAGGUGCCUCGCUAGUAGGAACUGCCAAAGAUACCAUAACGGGGACUGUAGAUGAUACCAAAAAUGUAGUUACAUCGGGAGUUGAUAAGGGCACAUCGUAUUUAGGAUCUGCCAGAGAUACUGUAGCGAACACGUUUCAAAAUACUUUAGAUACCACUAAAAGUGUCGCGGCAUCUGCUUACGAUAAAGGCACUUCACUAGUAGGAACGGCUAAAGAUACAAUAACGGGCACUGUAGAUGAUACCAAAAAUGUCGUUACAUCGGGUGUUGAUAAAGGCACAUCGUAUUUAGGCACCGCCAGAGAUACUGUUGCAAACACGUUUCAAAAUACUUUAGAUACCACUAAAAGUGUCGCUACAUCUGCUUACGAUAAAGGCGCCUCUCUAGUAGGAACAGCCAAAGAUACAAUAACGGGAACUGUAGAUGAUACCAAAAAUGUAGUUACAUCGGGAGUUGAUAAAGGCACAUCGUAUUUAGGCACUGCCAGAGAUACUGUUACAAAUACAGUCCUAAAUACAGUAGAUACCACUAAGAAUGUAGCUAUAUCAGCUUACGAGAAAGGCAGUUUGGCUGUAGGAAGCGCUAAAGAUUCCGUAACAGGCACAGUACAAAGCACUGUAGAUGCCACAAAGAAUGCUGCAGCCUCUGCAGUAGAUAAAGGCACAUCUUUUGUAGGAGCUGCUAAAGAUACGGUGGUUAACACAGUCCAAACUUCUUUCGAUACCACUAAAAAUGUAGCGGCAUCAGUUUUUGAUAAGGGCACGUCAUUAAUAGGCUCUGCUAAAGAUACCGUAGCAAACACUGUACAGAAUACCAUAGACACGACAAAAUGCGUCGCCGGUGCUGUAGUUGAUAAGAGUGCUGCUCUAGUUGAAACAGCGAAAGACACCUUAACAAGCACAUUCUCUAACACACCUGACGAACCCGAAGAAGAAACUGGCGGUGUUGUUGAAACAGCUAAAGAAUCUAUUCAAAAUGGCAUAGAAAGUGCAAAAGGAGUUACGGAAAAUAUUAAAGAUACGAUCAACACAACAGUAGACACGACGAAGAAGGCGGCAGAAGAUGCGAAAGAGAAGGCCAGGGCUGCUGCCGAGGCUGCCCGGGAAGAAGCCAAGAGAGUGGCCAAUGCAGCGGUGGAAGAGUCCAAGAAAGCAGCGGAGAAGGCGGCAGCGGACGCCAGCAAUGCUGUCCACAGCACGAUUGAUAACACCUUUAAGAGAGUCGAAAAUGCCGCCGACGAGGGACUCAAGAACGCCAGCAAUGUAGUGGACUCUAAGAUCAGGGACACUGAUAAAUACCUCAGCGAGAAGCGAGACACUUUGGUAUCAAACUUCUCGUCUGCAGCGCACGAUGGCGCCGAAAACGCAGCGGGACUCCUCAGCAAAGGGCUGUCCGCUUUCCCCAAGUAGACUAUCGUCCCCACAUUGAACUACUUCUAUUGUGGAAGCUAACAGCAUGACUACAGAUGCAGAUAAUCAGUUUCAGCUUAUAAUUAAAUGUUUAGACAUAAGUGUUUCAAUAUUUUGUCUUUAUUAAUUUUGAGCCACUAAUCUUAUAAUCAUACUGUUAAUUUUCACAAUAUGUAAAUAUUUUCUAAUGCAUCGUUUUAAGUACUAUAUUAUAUACACGUACGUUUGUUCAGUUUCAUUCACGGCCUACAUUUUGUAUGUUUAUUUAUUGCAUUAAGAAUAUUUAUUUAACAAGAGUUAUUCAGAACAAAGAUAAAUUCAAUAUUGAUUUUACCUAAAAUGUUGUGUCCAAUAUUCAUUUCAAAGAGGUAUGAAGUCACAAAUUUUCUAAAUUCUAUUUUUAGUCUGUAGAAUAUAUUUUGUCAUAUAAACGUAUUGUAGAUAUAAUGUAAGAUUAUUUUGUGUUUAUUUUUGCAUUUUAAUGCAUUUCCGAAUAUAAAACGUAAAUGCUUUUAUUUGUAAAUGUUCAAUUUGCACCUUGUACUUGAGUAAAAAGUACUUAUUUACUCAAAAGCUUAGCUUAUACCGUCCACAUAUGGCCUUUUUAUAAAUCUUAUUCGUACAAAGUUCAAUAUUGUCUCUGUUCCUAAUCAAAUGUAAUAUAUAGGCAUAUUUAUGAGCGAAAAUGUGAUACCACUUAAAACAGUUUAUAUUUAUAUAUAGUACACAAGCUGCUUAGCAGAUUAUCUAUAUUUUUGCAAUAUAAAAUCGAAUAGAAAUUAUUUAUUGGUAGAUAUAUUUAUUUUGCAGAUAUAUUGAUGUUAUCAAAUUGUGCUUGUUCUAUAUAGAUGUUUAUGAGUAAUUAAGCUACAAAAUUCUGAUAUUUUAAUGUUUUUUUUUUAAUGUGGUUCAAACUAUAUUUAAUCUACGGAAACUACUUCUUUUUAUGUUCGUAGUGAUUUAAAUAAAUGUACUGUACCUAUCGUCUAUGUGUUAUAUCUUUAUUAAAUGUAUUACAACCUA